AUGCUUGACAUCUUCAGUCUCGCCGGCCAGACGGCCCUUGUGACAGGCGGAGCCCGCGGCAUUGGCCGAGCUAUUGCUAUAGGGUUGGCCGAGGCAGGAGCAGACAUUGUCUUAGUGCUACGUGACACUUCACAGACCCAGACCAAGUCGAUGAUUGAGGCAAUGGGUCGAAAGUGUUGGACUUACGCGGCCGACCUUCGCAAUGUCCAAGCUGUUAGCAACAUCAUUGCCACAGUGACAGCCGAGCAUAACUUUCAGAUAUUGGUCAAUGUUGCCGGGAUUCAGCGGCGCGUUGCAGCCCAAGACUUUCCACAAGAAGUGUAUGAUGAGGUUUUGCAGGUCAAUCUUGGUGCCACCUUCGCCCUCUGCCGAGACGCUGGAAGGUAUUGGCUUGAACAGGGCAUUGCGGGCCGUAUCAUCAACACUGCCAGUUUGGCGUCUUUUCAAGGUGCCAUCAACAUGGCAGCGUAUUCUGCCAGUAAAGGUGGAGUUAAUCAACUCACAAAAGCCCUUAGCAAUGAGUGGGCUUCUCGAAGAAUCAGGGUCAAUGCCAUUGCCCCUGGAUACAUUGCCACUGACAUGAAUGUCGACACACGAACGAAUGCGGAUACAACAUACUACGAUUCCAUAACCACGCGCAUUCCACAGGGACGAUGGGGAAAUCCAGAUGAAUUUAAAGGACCGGCAAUCUUUCUGGCCAGUCAAGCAAGCUCAUAUGUCACGGGCGAAACAGUCGUAGUAGAUGGUGGAUGGAUGGCUAGGUGA